AUGACGGCCGAGGAAACUGUAAAUGUUAAAGAAGUAGAGAUCACCAAGCUGAUUCUAGACUUUCUCAAUGCCAAGAAGCUGCACAUCAGCAUGCUGGCCCUGGAGAAGGAGAGUGGGGUGAUAAAUGGGCUCUAUUCUGAUGACAUGCUUUUUCUCAGACAACUGAUUCUUGAUGGACAGUGGGAUGAAGUUCUUCAGUUUAUCCAGCCUCUGGAGUGCAUGGAGAAGUUUGACAAGAAAAGGUUUCGAUAUAUAAUCCUGAAGCAGAAGUUUUUGGAAGCACUUUGCGUGAACAAUGCAAUGUCAGCAGAAGAGGAACCACAACAUCUUGAAUUUACAAUGCAAGAAGCUGUGAAAUGCCUUCAUGCACUUGAAGAAUAUUGCUCUUCCAAAGAUGAUUACAGCAAAUUGUGUCUUCUGCUAACUCUCCCGAGGCUCACAAACCACGCAGAGUUCAAGGACUGGAAUCCAAGCACGGCACGGGUGCAUAGUUUUGAAGAAGCUUGUGCUAUGGUAGCAGAGUUUAUCCCUGCUGAUCGCAAACUAAGUGAGGCUGGAUUCAAAGCCAGUAAUAAUCGCUUGUUUCAGCUCAUCAUGAAGGGCUUGCUCUAUGAAUGUUGUGUGGAGUUCUGUCAAAGCAAGGCCACAGGUGAAGAGAUUACAGAGAGUGAGGUUCUACUUGGAAUAGACCUUCUCUGUGGUAAUGGAUGUGAUGAUCUGGACUUGAGUCUUUUAUCUUGGCUUCAGAACUUGUCUCCUAGUGUGUUCUCUUGUGCCUUUGAACAGAAGACCCUGAAUAUCCAUGUUGACAAGCUUAUGAAGCCCAGCAAGGCUGGCUAUGCUGAUCUUCUUACUCCACUUAUCAGCAAGCUUUCCCCUUACCCUUCUUCACCAAUGAGACGCCCACAAUCUGCUGAUGCCUAUAUGUCUCGCUCAUUGAACCCAGCCUUAGAUGGACUGACAUGUGGACUGAGUGGUCAUGAUAAAAGGUCAGGUGACCCUACAAACAAAACCUCUCCAAUGUCACACUCAUUUGCUAACUUCCAUUAUCCUGGAGUACAAAACCUCAGCCGCAGCUUAAUGUUGGAGAGCUCAGACUGCCACAGCAUCUACGAAGAAUCGUCUGAAAGGAGUGACACCCCACAGGAGAAAGAGGCUCUGAACAGCAGUGAAACUUUGUGCCAAAACCCAAGUUCUGAAAAAGAUCAUCAGAGUGCUGAUGUCCUUGAGGAUCCGAAGAAGUCAGACAGGAAUGAGCUUCGGGAUUCCACAGACCAGUUUGAAGAAUAUUAUCGGCAGAAAUUACGUUACCAGCAGCACCUGGAGCAAAAGGAGCAACAAAGACAGCUCUACCAGCAAAUGCUUUUUGAAGGGGGAGUGAACCAAGCAGAAGAGGUAGAGCAUCCACAGAAUCUCACAGAGCAAUUUCUUAAUAGAUCAAUCAAGAAGUUAGGGGAGUUGAAUGUGGGGAUGGAACCUCUAAGUGAGGAUAUUCAGCCAAAGAAUAGACAGCACAACGGUCCCAGAGAAGACAGCUCUUCAGCCACCAAUGGACACACACCUCCAGUAUCGACUUCAUUGCUUAGAAAUCCACAACCUGAUGGACAGAGUAUCAGCACCAGUACUCCUCGCAAGCGAGGUGCCACUAACCACAUCCCAUUCCCAGAGGAAUCACCUGUGUAUGGAACUGCUGGCACAAGUGAGCAGGGACAAUUUGAAGAACCUGAAAGUGCUGGAUCGAGGAAAACUUCAGAGCCUGAUGGUAAACAAAAACAGCAAUUUGUCUGUCUCACCACUUUGGAGGACACACAGGCUAUUCGGGCAGUAGCUUUCCACCCUAGUGGGUCACUGUAUGCUGUUGGAUCUAAUGCCAAAACCCUGAGAGUCUGUGCAUAUCCUGAUGUCAUUGAUAGCUGCAGUCCCGCGAAUGGCCCUGCACAACCAACCAUUCGAUUUAAGAGAAACAAGCAUCACAAAGGAUCUAUCUAUUGUGUUGCAUGGAGCCCCUGCGGGCAGCUACUUGCUACAGGUUCUAAUGACAAAUAUGUUAAAGUCCUACCAUUUAAUGCGGAGACUUGCAAUGCAACUGGUCCAGACCUGGAAUUCAGCAUGCACGAUGGUACAAUCAGAGACUUGGCAUUCAUGGAAGGUCCAGAGAGUGGAGGUGCCAUUCUGAUCAGUGCAGGAGCUGGAGACUGUAAUAUCUACACCACAGACUGCCAGCGGGGACAAGGACUGCAUGCAUUAAGUGGACAUACAGGGCAUAUUCUAGCACUUUAUACUUGGAGUGGGUGGAUGAUUGCCUCAGGAUCCCAGGACAAAACUGUGCGAUUCUGGGAUUUGCGUGUGCCAAGUUGUGUCCGAGUAAUUGGAACUACAUUCCAUGGAACAGGGAGUGCGGUGGCAUCUGUGGCUGUAGACCCUAGUGGAAGGCUGCUUGCCACAGGACAAGAGGACUCAAGUUGUAUGCUGUAUGAUAUUAGAGGAGGCCGUAUGGUGCAGAGUUAUCAUCCUCAUUCCAGUGAUGUUCGCUCUGUUCGCUUCUCCCCUGGAGCUCACUACUUGCUUACUGGUUCUUAUGAUAUGAAAAUUAAGGUGACAGAUUUACAAGGUGACCUCACGAAGCCUCUUCCAGUCAUUGAAGUGGGUGAGCACAAAGACAAAGUGAUCCAGUGCCGCUGGCAUACACAAGAUCUCUCCUUCCUGUCAUCUUCAGCUGAUCGGACUGUAUCCUUGUGGACUUACAAUGUUUAG